AUGGACGAGGAUCAUCCGUAUCACCAAAAUGAGGAAAUACCUUUAAGUAACAUGAAAAACAAUCAUGAACGUAAGAAAAACCCAACUGAAGGUAUAACUGAAAGCAAGACAUUACUUAAAGACGGAGCUAAUGUUAAUAAGAUUAAUGACUCUAAACCAAAGAAAAAAGGAAAGAAGAACCGUAAGAAUAAUUUAUCGUUAAACGAACAAGGUCAAGUUAUAUCAGAUGGACAAAAAGAAAAACGUGAUGAACCUAAAACAUCCAUAGGGACUGAAAGUCAAGUUAAUGUUCCAUCAGAAGUGAUGGUAAAAGAAACAACAAAUAUGAAACAGGAAACUUGCACCGAAAAACCUGUAAUUGGUUAUUUGAGAGAAAUAGACGAAAAUUUAUUCAACCUGUCUGGAGACGUUUGUCUUGCGCAUUGUGUAGCGGAGGAUUUACGAAUGGGAGAUGGAAUUGCGAUGGAAUUCAAACGUUAUUUCGGUGGUAUUGGUCAACUGUUUGAUCAAAAUUUAACCGUAGGCAAUGUCGGUGUGGUAUUCAACAAUCGUAAUGAAACGGCAUUUUAUUUGGUGACUAAGAAAUAUAGCGGUGGGAAAUCUACAAUGCAGUCAUUAUCAGAAGCCCUAAAAUCUCUACUACAAAAAAUGAAAGAGAUGAAGUUAUCCAAGUUAGGGAUCCCGAAAAUCGGUUGCGGAUGGGACGGUUUGAAUUGGGAUGAGGUAAAAGCACUUAUUGCAAAUAUUUUUGCAGGAUCCCGAAUAAGUAUAACCGUUUGCGUCCCGUCCAAAAUAUACAAUCGCAUACCACCGCCACAAUUAAAAACGUUUAUAACACCGAAAGAAUUAUUGGAAACGAAAGCGAUGAGUGAUAUUUUACUGUUCAUUGAUAUUGAACAGUUAAAAAAGAAUAAUUGGACCAAUGACUUGGUGGAUAAAGUGAAUGUUAAAUAUCCGUCGUUCAAGGAGCGAUUGUUGAGAGAUAUCAGAAUCAAUCAGUUGAGUCCUGGAGAUGUGACAUCUUAUUUCAUAAACAAAGAAAGAAUAAAUUGCUUGUUUAUUAGUCCAACGGCAUAUUAUAGUUCACUGGAAAAAGGCUUCACAAAUAUGAAAAAAUACAUAAGAAGUUAUAGACAUUUUGUUUUCCAGAGUGGACCAAUCAAAUCAGCCGACAAUUUCAAACACAUAUCACGCAUGGUGUCGAUAAUGCGGUCCAUCAUUUACAGUUCGGAACUGUGGUUAUGUGGGGAUAAGGACCUGACUAAAGAAACAGAAGUCUAUGAUACUUACUGCAGAAAUAUAAUUAAUGAAAUGAAACUUGCAUCUCGACAAGUUACGGUUAACAACAGAUCGAAAGCUGAAGAUUGGAAACAAAAUAAUACUCCAUCAAAUAAUCGAAAACGAAAAAAUGCUCUACCAAGAAAAAAUAUGCAAAGAAGAUAG